AUGCGCUUUUUACCACCGACGCCGCCGCCGCGCCACCAACCUAUCGAAGACAUGGCCUCCGUCAUCGCGUCGCUGGACUGCAAGACGCCCCCAUUAACACCGUCGACGCCCGGCGCUUUUGCUGGAGACCCCUGCUUCUUCUCGCGAGGGGCGCACACGUUCCGCGUUCCAGCAAAUCUCCACGAGGACAACCGAAAGCGAGCAAUCACCCUACUGAAAGACCACCCUCCUGGGAUCAUUGUCUUGGUGGGCGGCGUCGCGCGCACGCGGAACGACAGUGACCACGAGGAGUUGUUCCGGCAGGAAAGUUACUUCCAGCAUUUGUUUGGGGUCAAGGAACCGGGCUGGGUCGGGUGCUUGGAAAUGCCGUCCGGUACGUGUACGCUUUUCGCGCCCGAGUUACCGAAGUCGUAUGCCGUCUGGCAUGUAUGCGGCGUCUUUGUGACACUCGAACUUGACGCGGUCGCGGCGAUGGCGUGCACGCGAUGUGUUGUCGCCUCGACGCCGUCGUCGCGGCCGUCAGAGAGUCUACGCGUCGCGUGCGAGAGCUGCGACGGCGCCGGUCGCGUCGAUGGCGUCUUCGCGAGACCACGUAUCACACAGGAUGGGCAAGAUCGCGACACGAAGCGAGCUCUCAAAUAGAUACGGCGUGAAAGUGAAGUGGUUGUCGGAGUUACAAGAACAUUGUAGUAAAGCAAAGUGCUACGUACCCAGAGGCCGGAACUCUGAUAGCGGAAAGAGGAUAGAUGAAGCAUUGCCGCUACCCGUGGAGCUACCGACGCUAGUCCAUUCUACCACAAUCCCGAACCACUGCUUCGUCGCGCUAGCCGAAAGUCGAGUCAUCAAGUCAAUAGAUGAAAGGAAAUUGUUGAGGUACGCGUCCUGGGUGUCGAGCAAUGCACAUGCUGAAGUGAUGCGCGAAGCCAAAGCUGGGAUGAUGGAGUACCAGCUCGAAGCUAGAUUUUUGUACCACUGCGCGAGUCAGGGGGGGUGUCGGAGUUGCGCCUAUACCUCUAUUUGUGCGUGCGGUCCCAAUUCAGCAGUAUUACACUACGGCCACGCUGGCGCGCCGAAUGAUCGUCGAUUGGAGACCGGUGACUUAGCACUGUUAGAUAUGGGCGCCGAGUACCACUGCUACUGUUCGGAUUUGACGUGUACGAUGCCCGUGGGGGGUAAAUUUGGACCGGCUCAAAGAAUUGUGUAUGAAGGUGUACUUAGUGCACAGAGGGCGGUGUUUGCGAUGUUGAAACCGGGCGUGUCGUGGACGGACUGCCAUCUCGCCGCGGAAAAUGAAGUGUUGAAGGCACUAGAGUUACUAGGCGUCCUAAAAAAGGGCUGCGUCACGGAGGCGCAACGGGCCUGCGUCGGCGGCGUGUUCCUGCCUUGUGGUCUCGGGCAUUUCAUUGGCCUGGACACGCAUGAUGUGGGCGGCUACUUGCCGGGCCAGCCGGCACGCUCGACGAGACCGGGCCUCGCGAAGUUGCGGACGGCGCGCACGCUGAAGCAAGGCAUGUGUUUGACGGUCGAGCCGGGCUGCUACUUCAUCGACGCUUUGUUAGAUGACGCCUUGAAAGAUCCGUCGCUCUCAAAGUUCCUCAACGCCGAUAGGUUAAGGGGUUUCCGGGGCUUCGGGGGCGUGCGGCUCGAAGAUGUGGUCUGCAUCACAUCAAACGGCUUCGAGAACUUCACGACCUGUCCAAGGACUAUAAAUGAGGUCCAGGCCGUCAUGGCGGGUGGGACCUGGCCGCCGCCGGUCGACGAGGCUCCUGAUUUAGGAAGAAGGUGGGCCCGGUUUGUGAAUGGCGCCUUGGAGGACGUGAGCGUGCCUGGGAUAGUGCUGCCGAAGGGUGCUAGACGUGGCUCCUUCUCGCCGGGCGGGUCGCCGGGUACGCGCCGGGGCAGUGGUUCAUUGAUAGGGCGCGUCAGAGCUAGUAGCGGGUCCUUCUCGGGGCGGGAGGACUACUAAUCAUCAAC